AUGGCGGAUGCGUAUUGUUCGGACUGUAAGAAGAGUACGGAAGUGGUGUUCGACCAUUCGGCCGGGGACAUGGUUUGUUCGGAGUGCGGUUUGGUUUUGGAGUCCCACUCGAUCGAUGAGACUUCGGAGUGGAGAACUUUUGCGAAUGAGUCAGGGGACAAUGACCCGGUUCGAGUUGGCGGUCCCAGUAAUCCGUUACUGACCGACGGCGGAUUGUCCACCGUGAUCUCCAAGCCCAAUGGGUCUACCAGUGAUUUCUUGACUUCUUCACUUGGGCGGUGGCAGAAUCGCGGCUCCAACCCUGACCGCUCUCUCAUAUUGGCCUUCAAAACCAUCGCCACCAUGUCUGAGAGGUUGAAAAUUGUGAUGUAUUUUGGAUUUUAUGCUCACUGGGAAAGGGAAUUUUUGGUGUCAUGA